AUGUGGGCCGGAGACCAGUUCCCAGGCGGUGGCCCUGGCCGAAGGUUUCCUCCUGAGUCAGGCAGAGGAGAAGAGGCAGGCAGAACAGAGAGAAGCUUUUCUUUAUAGCCAAGUGACUAAAGGCAUCUUUACACAGUCAGAGGUGACCUGAAAUAAGAGGAAGGAGAUGGAAAAGCAAAACCCAGAAGGACCUGGAACUGGCAAGGCAUCUAGUAAAGGCCCUUGUCCCACCCAAGCUGGGAGCGGUGCUGAAUUCUGGGUGCGAGAUAUCCAUGAUCAGCUCAUUGCCAUCUCAAAUGUACAUCGCCAACGCUUCCGGCAAUUUCGCUACAGGGAGGCCGAUGGGCCCCGAGAGGUCUGCAGCCAGCUCCAUGGAUUUUGCAGCCAGUGGCUGAAGCCAGAGAGGCGCACCAAGAAGCAGAUUGUGGACCUGGUGAUCCUGGAGCAGUUCCUGACUGUUCUGCCCCAGGCGAUGCAGAGCUGGGUCAGGGAAUGUGGGCCAGAGACCAGUUCCCAGGCGGUGGCCCUGGCCGAAGGCUUCCUCCUGAGUCAGGCAGAGGAGAAGAGGCAGGCAGAACAGAUGUGGGCACCAUCUGUGAAGACAGAAGCUACAGUUCCUGAGGCAGAAGGGGCUUCCUUGGAGCAAGAGCAGAGGGCGCAGGCUGUGGAGCGUGCCCAAGAUGCCUUUUCCUGUGUCACAGGCAGUGAAGAGAUGCUGUUGAGCCAUCCUCUUUUCAGGGAUGUGGAAACUGCUGCUGCAGCUCCAGUUCAGGGUCCCUUUUCCUUUGAGGAGGUGUCCGUCUCUUUCACGGAGGCUGAGUGGGCCCUGCUGGGUCCGGGACGAAGAGCUCUGUACAGGGAAGUCAUGCUGGAGAUCUCUGGGAGCGUGGCCUUUCUGGCAGAGGAUGAUCAGAGAAAUGAGAAGGGUGAAAAACUUCAUCAGCAAAUGCCAGGCAGAGUUAAAAAUGAAGACUUGAAAGAAAACAUCAGUUAUCAAGGCACACCUCAGAGAAAGAAAGGUGGCUGUAUGGUUGAGAAUCGAGAUGGACAAAACCAUAAUUUACAUUUUCCAAAGCACAGGAUGAUGAAAGCAAGUAAAUCUGUUCAGUGUGGAAAGUACUUCAGAGAUCGAUCACAGCUCCUUGUGCAGCAAAGAAUACACGGAGUGGAGAAACCUUAUGAAUGCUCAGUGUGCAGAAAGGAAUUUGUUUGGAGCGGCACUCUUCAACUUCACCAAAGAACCCACACAACAGGGGAGAGAUCUUUGGGAUGCUUAGUGUGUGGAAAGAAAUUCACUUGCAGUGGCAAUCUUCACCAGCAUCAGCGAACCCACACAGCAGAGAAACCAUUUGAAUGCUCAGUGUGCGGAAAGAGAUUCACUCGAAAUGGCACACUUCAAGUACACCAAAGAACCCACACAGGGGAGAAACCAUUCAAAUGCUCAGAGUGUGGAAGGAGAUUCAGUAGGAGUGGGUAUCUUCAAGAGCAUCAGAGAACUCAUACAGGGGAGAAACCAUUUGCAUGCAUAGAGUGUGGAAAGAGAUUCAGGUUGAGUGGCCAACUUCAGGGGCAUCAGAGAACUCACACAGGGGAGAAGCCGUUUGAAUGCUCAGAGUGUGGAAGGAGUUUCAGACUGAGGAGCACUCUUCAGCUGCACCAAAGAACCCACACAGGGGAGAAACCUUUCAAAUGCUCAGAAUGUGGAAAGAGAUUCAGUCGGAGUGGCAGCCUUCAAAUGCACCAAAGAACCCACACAGGGGAGAAACCUUUUGAAUGCUCAGAGUGCGGAAAGAGAUUCAGUCAGAGUAGCCAUCUUCAGCUGCACCAGAGAACCCACACAGGGGAGAAACCUUUUGAAUGCUUAGUGUGUGGAAAGAGAUUCAGUAGGAGUGGGUAUCUUCAAGAGCAUCAGAGAACUCAUACAGGGGAGAAACCUUUUGAAUGCUCAGAGUGUGGAAAGAAAUUUAGGUUGAAUAGCCAUCUUCAGAGUCAUCGGAGAACUCACACAGAGGAAAAACCUUUUGAAUGCUCAGAGUGUGGAAAAAGAUUCAGAUCCAGUGGCCAACUUCGUGGGCAUCUGAGAACUCACACAGGAGAGAAGCCUUUCGAAUGCUCAGCAUGUGAAAAGAGAUUCAGUCUGAUUUCCACUCUUCAAAAGCAUCAGAGAACUCACACAGGGGAGAAACCUUUUGAAUGCUCAGAGUGUGGAAAGAGAUUCAGUCAGAGUGGCACUCUUCAACUGCACCAAAGAACACACACAGGGGAGAAACCUUUUCAGUGUUCAGAGUGUGGAAAGAGGUUCAGUAAAACUAGCAAUCUGAAACUGCAUCAAAGAACGCACACUGGGGAGAAACCUUAUGAAUGCUCAGAGUGUGGAAAGAGGUUCACUCGGAGUGGCACUCUUCAAGAACAUUUGAGAACCCAUUACACAAAGCAGGGCCUUUUAAGCGGUUACCCUCCUCUGUGAAACUCAUUACUUCCGGAUAUUUGCCAAUCUAACUCUUUCUGACAUCCAGAAAACUGGCAGAAACAUUUAUUUUUCCAAAUCCUGUAAGGAAAUAGACAAGUUGAGGAACAGAUAUCUACAGCCUCUCUGCUACUGACAUAAACAUCGUGUGAACUAGCCGGUAUUCUAAAUUCACAAGCAUUUUUAUCUGGGAAGCAUUACACAACCCUUACAAGCAUUACACAACUGCAACAUCUCUCCA